AUGUCGCCCUCGUCUCCGGCAUCCUUUGCCGUGCUCCUCUUCCCCGAAGACCUACCGGCAACCGCUGGUAUUAGCAUUCCGGUGUAUGCUACUGCCACGACGCGACCCAGUCGUGAUGCCGCCGUGAUGCUCUUGUCGUCUCUAAACGUCCGCCUCCAAGUCCCGAACGACAUCGUCCGAAACCGCCAGGUCGAUGGCGCUGAACACGGACACGGUGCCCCUGGUGAGUGGCUUCGCAAGGCUGUUGUCGGGCUGAGUGCGUCGACAUACGUGCUUGGUCAAGUGGUGGCGUACUCAAGGGACACGGCGACUAUUCGAACACUACUCGGGGAUGUUCAGUCGAACGUCAACGACUUACGCGAAGUUUCGCCCAUUCACUGCUUCCUAUUCGGCAAACACGAAGUCAACCAGGACGAACUAUCUGUUGAAGACCUGGAUGACAACCUCAAGACCUGGAUGACAACCUCAAGACCUGGAUGA